CAUUCAUCGCAUAGUCCUGUCGGGUGUUUCCCAUAACAUGAAGAGUUUUGUUUAGCUUGCAAUGUCCAGUCCUCAGUCUGUUUAUUAUGACUUGUUCCUUACCUUUAUUUCCCUUCUUACUUUCCAUACAUAUGUAUCAUGUACAGAUAUCAUUCUCCCACUGCUGCUGACAUUUUUUGCAUUUUUCAACACUAAACUCCUCCCUUCUUUUUUUGAUAAUUUAAUUUUGACGUCAACAUGUUCUUCCUUUGUUGCUUCUUUAUCCAGUCUGUCUGCUUUCUCAUUUCCCUGCACGCCCACAUGUGCGCUGUUAUUUGUUUGAUCACGUGACGUAUUUUUCUUAUGAGGAGAUAAGCCAUCGCUUCAGUAUUUGAUAGUCAAAACAACACUUUUAAAAAAGAGCACUUGCUUCAGAAAACGCAUAUGGAUCUGGAAAGGCAGUGGCAGGUAUAAGGAGGUUCUGAAUGGAGCGCUUCGAGAAGGAUUUAGUUGAUGCGCUGAAAGACAUCGUCGAGGCUGGAAACUGGCAGUGUGUGGGAGAGAAAUCUACAUUUAAGUCACCAUGCACGAAGUUUUACUCUGAUGAUGGAGAGCAUAUAGUCCUGGUGCAUACAAAGGAUGAUAAAUUCUGGGCUAUGGAUUCCUCUUGCCCACAUGAAGGGGGCCCACUUGAGCAGGGUGAUAUUGAGGAUCUGGGCAAUGGGAAACUGGCACUAAUUUGCCCGUGGCAUUAUUUUGACUUCAGCCUUGAAACUGGUUCCUCUUCCACCGGACUGCAGAACCAAGUGUAUGAUGUCCGUGUACUGGAUGGAAAAGUGUAUAUAAAUACCCAGAGCACACUGUCACUUUGUCCCAUCCCAGUGACAGAAAUACCCCACCAAGAUAGUCUGCCUGUGGAAAUAACUUCCUCAGAAAACACACUUUGCAUGUGGGCCACCAAAAUCCUUCACACCGCAGACCCACAGGAAAAGGUUUCAUUGACCAAGAUAGUGCAAGAGAACUGGGACAGAGGGAAAAUAACAGAGACUGGGGAGGCCAGCCCUCCCGCGCAGCCUAACAGAAAAGACAAUCUGACUGUUGUGGAGCCUGGAAAAAUCAAACGGGGCAAGGGUGGCACACUGGCGAGUAGGAUUGCUUUACUGCACUCUCUUGCUAAUAUAGAGCAGUGGGCGAUAGACCUGUCCUGGGAUGUCAUAGCAAGAUUCUCCACAUUUAGAUUGAGCAAUGGUGAGCCUUUGCCUCGCCAGUUCUUUGAUGACUUUGUCAAAGUAGCAGGAGAUGAAGCCAAGCAUUAUCAGUUACUAGAGCAAAGGAUUAUGGAGCUUGGCAGCUUCUUUGGUGCUUUACCAGUACACAACGGUUUGUGGCGAUCUGCAACAGAUACGUCUCAAGACCUUUUGGCGAGGCUAGCUAUAGUGCACAUGGUCCACGAGGCCAGAGGUUUAGAUGUGCACCCUCAGACUCUUUCGCGCUUCGCUGCUCAGGGAGACACAAGCUCUGUGAAGGUGUUAGAGGUGAUUUAUGCUGAUGAGAUCACACAUGUGGCUGCAGGGCUGAGAUGGUUCACAUACAUCUGCUCAAAAGAAGGACGGGAUUCCUUAAAAACGUUCCAUGAAUUGGUGAAGUUGCAUUUCAAAGGGUUUUUGAAGCCUCCAUUCAACACAGAGGGAAGAAGGACAGCAGGGAUGACAGAAGAGUGGUAUGUUCCUCUUGUCAAGCCCUCCAGCAGCUUACAGAAGACCUCCUGAUUGGAUUUAAUUUUAUUCAAAAAGAGAAAACCUGUUUUGCAUUCUGUAAAAAGUAGAGUGUGGUUACAUGAUCAUCAGAUGAACCCUUAUGGGUAAAGAAAUCACAGACUGGAUCUGUGAAUCCAGGAAUAUGUGCAUACAUUUUUUUUUUCCCACAGUAACCACUAUUUAAUGGUUUCUUUAAUUCUUGUGUAAGAAAUUAAAUGUAAUCAGUGAACUUUAAUUUAUUUUAUUUAAAUAUAUUAAAAGACAAAUAAAUGUUCUUAAAGUUCCACUAUUA